AAUUUGCUGCCGCCUUCCGGGGUCUCUAGUUCUGUGGCUGAGACACAUUCAGAGUUGAGAGGGUUUAAUUCAAAACCUUGCAGCGCCUCGAUUUAUGUGUGGCCUCUCAAGCCAUCUCUCAAAGGUCCGGAUCAAAGAAUUAAUAUUUAAUUCUACACCAUCUUGCUGAAAGAGCAGAGUCUACGCUGGCCUUUCCAGGGCCUGCGCUCCAGGAAAACGGGGAGUUUGUGGGCGAAUGAUGGUUAUCGGAUUCACGCCCAAACCUAGCCUAAAAUGACUGAAGUAAAGCAAGCUGAAGCUCAGCUGUCUGAAUUAGACCUGCUCUCUAGUAUGUUUCCUGAUGAGAAUGAAUUCAUAAUACAUGAUCAUCUGGCUUUAGCAGAACUGAAAGAUUAUGUGGAAAUGAGGACCACAGAAGUUCCAUCUUCAAAAGUUCACUUUACUAUAAAUAUAAAAGUAGAGAUUUCUAAUGAAUCUAUGGUUACGUUUUCUUUAUCUUGUGCUCUCCCUUUUCAGUAUCCUGCAAUCCUGCCUGAAAUUACUGUCAGAUCACUUUCAUUAAGUAGAGCCCAGCAGACCCAGCUAAACACAGACCUAACUGCUUACCUUCAAAAAGGAUACUGUGGGGAAGUCUGUAUACUAAAUGCAACAGAAUGGGUUAAAGAGCAUGCAUCAACCUAUAUCAAGAGAGAACCCACAUCUUCCACUACCACCAAGACAAAUCCAACUUAUUCAACAGAUGUCAUUUUCACAAGACUUUGGAUCUAUAGCCAUCACAUUUACAACAAACAGAAAAGAAAAAAUAUUAUGGAAUGGGCAAAGGAUCUCUCCCUUUCUGGGUUUAGCAUGCCUGGGAAGCCUGGAGUUAUUUGUGUUGAAGGUUCACAAAGUACAUGUGAAGAGUUCUGGGCAAGACUCCGAAGAUUAACGUGGAAGAGAAUUUUAAUUCGCCAUCGAGAAGACAUUACUUUUGAUGGCACACAAGAUGAACUGCAAAAACAAAGAAAAUUUUUUAAUUUUGAAGAAAAAGUUUUUGAUACAAAUGGUAACAGAGGAAAUCACAUGGAUUUGGGUCAGCUUUAUCAAUUUUUAAGUGCCAGGGGAUGUGCUGAUGUUUUUCGGAUUUACUUUGGCAUAGAGGGACAGUAGUUGAAUAAAGUAUACAUAGAAGACUUUU